AUGUAUGGGAAUCUGAUUAUUCAAACUCUUUCCUUCUGUUUGCUCUGGAAACGUUUGUUGUGUUGUAUUACCCCUGAAUAUGCAGCCGCUCAACAACCAGGUGACAUAAUAAUAGGAGGAAUCUUUCCCAUUCAUGAAUGGGUUUCAAAGCCAUUAGAUCAACCAUAUUCAAAAGAGUUUAUUUGUACCGGGUUGCAGCUACGGAGCAUGGUUGCUGCCUUUUCAUUCAUACAUGUGAUUGAAAAGAUAAAUAAUUCUACCCUCUUACCAGGCAUUACUCUAGGCUAUGAAAUUUAUGAUUCAUGCUCUGAUUCUUUGAAAGCCACUCAGGCAAUAAUGAGACUAAUCCCAGAGGCUAUUUCAGUGAACAACUCUGUUGGCUGCCACAAUACAGAAAUUAAGCCAUCUGUUAAAGUUGUGGUUGGAGAAAUGUUUUCAGAAAUUUCUGUUGCAGUUUCCAGAAUUCUGAACACCCAUUUUAUCCCACAGAUAAGCCCUGCAUCGUCUGCUGCUGUUCUUAGCAAUGUGGUGAAGUUCCCUUCAUUUCUCCGCACUGUCCCAAAUGAUAUAUACCAAACCAUUGCUAUUGCAAAGCUGAUCAAAUCAUUUGGCUGGAACUGGGUAGGAGUUAUUGCAACCGAUGAUGAUUAUGGACGUUCUGCAAUUCAAUAUUUGACUGAAUACCUUGGACAAGAACAAAUAUGUAGUGCAUUCUCUAAAGUUGUUCCAUCAAAUGUUAAUCAUUCUUCUUUGCCUGUUGAAUUGGACAAAAUAACACAGGAACUCACAAAGAGCUCUGCAAAUGUUGUAGUUGUCGUAGUAAAAAGCUCUAUUGUCAUAAAACUUUUUGAAAGAUGCAUAAGAAUGAACAUAUCAAAGGUAUGGAUUGCAACUGAUGUGUGGUCAAGCUCAAAAGAAGUUUCUAGUAUUGAAGGUAUUGAAAAGGUUGGAACCAUUCUUGGAGUGGACUUUACAGUAGGCAAUGUUGAGGGCUUUGCAGAAUUUCUACAAACUCUUCAUCCUUCAAGACAAGGAGUAUCAAACAGGUUCCUUGAAGAGUAUAAAGAACUGAGAUUUGGCUGUCCAGAUAGCUACAGAAAAUAUCUAGAGUGUAUAAACUCAUCAUCCAAGAACUGCAUUCUUCCUGAUUAUGUUCAGAGGAAAUCCCCUCUAGCAUGUAUAGUGGACAAUGUAAUGUCUUCAAAUGAUGACUAUUUGUUGCAGAAUACUGCGUGGAGCACAGUAUACAGCACAUCUCUGGCUGUGACAGCAAUUGCUCAGUCUCUCAAAAAUAUAAUAUGCAAAAAUGGCAAAUGUGACAAGGAUAAGGAAUUUUCACCCCGGCAGUGGCUCAGGGAACUAAAGAAUGGGAAUUAUUCCUUCAACGGAGAGAUGUUUAGUUUUGAUGUUAUGGGUGAUGUCCUGAAUGGCUAUGACAUAAUAUAUUGGCAACAAAUGAAGAAUUCUAUAGAAUUUCGGUUUGUUGGGAAAUAUGACAUAUCCAAUGGCACUAUCACCUUAAACAGAAGUUUGAUUUUUUGGAAUACAAGACACAAUGAGGUUCCCUUUUCAAAUUGCUCAGAAACAUGCACUGCUGGCUAUUACAAACAACACUCAUACACAACGUGUUGUUAUAAGUGUAUCGAAUGUACAGAAGGAUAUUACAGUCCUGCAGCUGAUAUGGACGAAUGCUUGAAGUGUCCUCUUUCACAGUGGUCAAAAGGUGGAAGCUCUCAAUGUGAAAACAGGACAACUCAAUUUUUACACUGGAAGAACCCGUUUGCUAUCACGUUGGCAGCUUUUGCAUCCUUUGGUUUUCUGUUAGUUUUAAUAAUAGGCUUCUUGUUUCUAAAACAUUCAGAUACUCCAGUAGUUAAAGCAGCAGGGGGCAGUUAUACGUACCCACUGAUAUUAUCUUUAUUAGUAAGCUUGACAAGCAUUGUGUUUUUCAUUGGUCACCCAAGUGAUAUUAUGUGUCAGAUCAGACAACCUCUCUAUGGUGUGAGCUUCACCCUUUGUGUUUGUUGUAUAUUGAUUAAAUCUUUACUCAUCAUACUAGCAUUUGAAUCGGCAAAAAGAGCCAAAAGGUUAAGCAAGUUAACUUACCAACCAGUUGUUAUAAUUGGUGUAUUAACAGGAGUUCAGAUGUGCAUUUGCAUAUUUUGGCUCCUACUGAAUGGGCCAUUUGUUGCAGAGAUCUACACAAUACCAUAUCUUCUAAUUCUGCAAUGUGAUGAAGGAUCUUAUGUUCCCUUUGGGAUCAUGUUGGGAUACAUUGGGUUUCUUGCAUUGACUUGCUUCCUUUUAGCUUACAAGGGCAGGAAAUUUCCUGAGAAAUAUAACGAAGCCAGGAGUAUCACAUUCAGCAUGCUCAUCUACAUGUUUGUAUGGAUUAUCUUCAUCCCAGUCUACAUGCAUACCAGUGGCAUGUAUCUAUCAGCUGUGCAGAUUGUUGCCAUAUUAGCUUCAGUAUAUGGGGUUAUAGCCUGCCAUCUUUUAGCACCAUGUUACAUUAUAUUGUUCAAAAGAAAAAGUAACAAUAGAGAGAGAUAUCUGCAUAGUAUCAGGGCUUUCUGCAGGGUAAGGAGAACAGCAUUGCCCACUUUACCAAGCGGUCUUAAGCCCUUAACUGACUUGUCUGCCCACUCGCCUCCUUCCCUGAUGGAUAGGUUCCGCUACGCCCAGCUGUGCAGCUUUUUCCGGUCCCAGCCUCGGAAGCAUGCUAUGCUGAGGGACUGCACACGAUUUGAGGACCUCUGUCUGGCUUCUACGCUCCCGCCAUGUCAUAUUUCCAGGCUGUAUGGCCUCCUUCUUGAGGCCUUUCAUACGCUUCCGCCUUCGUACAUGGGGGGGCUGGGAGUCCGAGCUCCAGACUACCUUCUCAGUUGA